GCGACCAGCGGGAUGAGCUGCGGGUCAGAGACGGGACACUCAGCGGCAGACACAGGGUCCCAGGGCCGAACCCCGGGGGAGCGGCUCCAACGGACGUCCCGGCGCCGGCGCUUCAACGGGACCAACGGCAGCGGUGGCCCUGGGGCUGUGCUGGAGGGGGAACUGCGGCUGGUGAGUCGGCACCAGAUCGAGGAUGACACCGGCAGCAAGUACCGUUACUUCAUUCUGUAUAUUAAACCAACAAAAAUCCACAAAAGAAAGUUUGAUUCUCAUGGGGUGGAGAUUGAACCAAACUUCAGUGAUACUAAGAAAGUCAACACGGGAUACUUGAUGUCUUCCUUCAAGGUGGAAGCUAAAGGACAGUCGGAUAAAGUUUCAACAGAAGAGUUGAAGAAGUUGAUUUACAAACCAGAGUUGGUGCAGAUCUCUGAGAAACACACUCCAGAUCAAAGCCUGGCAUUUUGGAUCACCGAGGAAGAGCUGGAAAACAUUGAGCUGGAGGUCGGAGAUGCGCUGCGCCUGAAAACAAAGGACGACAGCCCGUUUAUCCUUACAUUGGCCAAAAUGGACGCAGGAACCGUGACCAAAUGCAACUUUGCAGGGGAUAAAAAGGCAGGAAGUUCUUGGACAGACAACAUAUUUGCUACAAAGUCGAAAAACGAGAAAGAGGCCAAAGGCAGCAGCCAAGGAGAGGGGGCUGAUGAGGAUGAGUGGGAUGACUGAAGGUGCAGGAAGUCAGUGAAGUGAUGAAAUGACCCGUCCAGAAACAGCACCUUGACAGCAAAGUGUUUUUCACUUCUCUUCAUCCUUUCAUCUGUUUUAAUUGGCACAAAAAUUUACUUUGACUUCAUAACCUUUUGAUUUUGAGACCGCAGAAAGUUCUCCGGGGAAUCUCAGUGUUGAUUCGGAGGUUAUAGCUGCAUUCUCCUUGGUUUUCGUUGUUUUUAAACUAAUUCCUGUGCCUAAAGCCUUUCCUGAACCCCAGCCUGUUGUGUGUCUUCUGAUUCCAACUCUUACCCCUUGUUUGGCCUAAUGUGCUUCAUUCUAGGAUGGGUGUUAUCAAUGCGUUGAUUGUUGGUCUAACAGCAAACCAAUGUCUGGGAACAAAGAUGCAAUUUUUGUUUUUAUUUGAACAGAGGUUUUGCACAACUUGGAGUGAAUGUUGGUCAGCAGGUGCAGUGGUGUAUGUUGGUAAUGGUUAUGGGUGGGAAUUCAACAGCAAUGAACUAAGGGGGAGAGUUGGUGAUUUACAGAGCUAGAAGUGGGUUGUGUCAGUUUGGUAUGGAAAUGAGUUUCAUCAGUGAACUCUGCUAAAUACAACAUCAGGUUGCAAAUGGUGUGCUUCAGUUACAGAUGGUUCCAGAGGGAGGAACAGUCAGUCAUCAGGGAAUAGGGUUUGUGACGGGGUUGAAGAUGAUGGCUUCACCUUCACUGUUUAUAAGGAGAAAAUUCUACUCCAGUUCUGGUGUUGGACCUGUAGUCUGACGAUUUAGUUACAAUGGAGGGGCUGGAGGUGGUGGUGAGGUGAAGCCUGACACCUGUCCCAGGGGUGUGUGAGAUGGAUGCUCAAGACUCUGGAAGUAAUGAUGCGAGUGUGGGAAUUGAACCUGUUGCAGGAAAUACCAAGUGGAUGUGCAUAGAUAAGAAUGAAGCAAGUGCAUGCUCUCCCAACCUUUUGGCAUGAGAUGGUCAACGGGGUCAGUAAGUUGAGGAGGGAGAGAUUGUGAAGGCAGAUUAAAGGCAGUGGUACAGAACCGGGCAGAAACCCUCGAGCUGUGGCCGUGGGCCCAGGAUCUUUAAGUUGGAAAUUCCAAUAAAUUACCUGAAAGUUCCAAGAAUAAAAUCUGUGCUUUUUAUUAACCGUUUUUUGUAUCUUUUAAAGUUUGCUUGUCAAAAAUAUAUUGCACUCUUUUACUCUAAUGUAUACAGAUUGUUUAACAAAAUUUCACUUCUCUGAAUGAAUAAAGGUUAAGAAAUGUUUCUCUA